CCCUGAUUUAACAUUCAGCACCAGGACUAACAACUCGAGUUGUUACGAUCUUGCGAGUUUAUCAGGAUUGUGGUUUGCCCUAAUUAAAUAUGGCGUCCCACGUGUGUCACCCGGAAGAGACUCUUUCCCAGAGCACGCUGUAAGUGUGCGAGUGUAGCUCAGGCAUGGAAAACAGCUCAACUUAUCCAGCUCCCUUUCUCCGACCCCCAGUAUUUACAGGAACACCACCACCACCACCACCUACUAGCCAAUGGCUACAUGGAUCAACACAUUCAUCACCUACAAACCAGUGGCCACCUGGACCAUCACCUUCAGCACCUAAUAACCAUUGGCCGCCUGGUCCACCACCACCUCCUGGACCUUGGUAUGGAGGCUGGAACCAGUGGCCCCCACAAUAUAAUCAGUCCUAUUACCCCACGCAGUAUUCAGGUGAGUUAAUAGCCCGUUGCAAUGAAAGUCUUUCUUGUAUCUUGAAGCAUUAUUAAAACUUACAGAAUAUUCAAUCAUUUUAUAAACGCCCAGUCCUUUUGUAAACAGCGUUUGUUUGCUUUAUAAUAACUAGAUAUGGUUAGAAACAUUAGUGUCAAUUGGCUUUAAAUAUAACUCUAAAUUAGGAGCCUAAAAUAAAAAAUGAUACGGAAAAUACUUUGUCGAUAUAAUAAUUCACUGUGUUCUGAUUGAGGAAAGAGCAGCUCUGCUGGGUUAAUGGGGUACAGUUGCAAAGUGUAGUGGUUAUGGUGCUGCAUAACCACCCAUUUUAUUAAAGGGAUUCUGAGCAUUUUGGCAAAACAGAGUGCGCUCUGUAAAUUUGGGAAAUAUAGAUCUUCUAAACCAGUGUCAAUAUAAUAGCAUUUUUGUUGUAGCGACAUUGAUCAGGUGAGACAUCUCUUACCUAGGUGACUGCUGAAAUGUCUUUAAGGGAGCAUACGUUUUCUGUUAACAUUUUGAUGGACGGAGCUUAUAUUCUGUUGCAUAACUUGUGCACACAGGAAUUGUAAAACAUAUGGUUGUCCUAAAUUGUAUGGUUAAUUUAUUUAACAUAGGUUUGUGGUGUAUUGAAGAAUUAAUUGCAAAAUCCAGGAUAAAAUAGGCAAGCUCAGAUGCUAUAAUUGUCAUUUAUUUUGGUCUAAUGUUUGCCACAAUUCUCUGUCUAGUGAAUAAACGCUAGUGUGACUUAACCAAAUUUUGGACUUUGAAACGGUAAUGACCUCUGUAAUCAAUUUUAAGGUCUGCAUUUUAUCUUAUAUUGAUACUAAAUUAUAGGAAUAUUCCACGGUUAGUAAACAUUACAGCGUGUUGAAAUGGUUAUGGUGUCAUGACUGCCAUGUAACUCUUAUGGUAAAGAGUCACUGUUUUAGAAUGGCUUGCACCACGUCUAGGAAAUCUAACCGAAGCUCCUAAGCAGGAACAUUCGGCUCUCAGUGAGCUUAGAGGAUGUGGAGAGCGGUCCCCAGGUAAGGCCAUACUAAUCUGUUGUCAUGGUAACACCUUUCUUUUCAUGACACCAUUAGCACCAUGAUCAUUACAGCACUCUUUACGGGUUAUUGUGCUUGAAGUAUCUGUGUUUUGUCUAGUAAAUGCCAUUUUUAAAAUCUAUUUUUUUAAAGGAAAGUCUCAAACUAAUAAGGAACAUUGAACCUGUGUGUGCAAUCCAUAUGCAAGACUUUAAGCUCAUGAGAACGGUUGGUAUACUCAGAACAGUGUUAUGAUUUAAUGGACUGGACUUCAGAUGCUCAUGAUCACGAUUCAUUUUCAAGUAAUCAAACUGGUUUGAAAAUUCCUUAACCAAAACCAUGAGAUUGCACUAUCAUCUCUAGUGAAUGAUUAUGGUGUUCGGCUUGUCACUAGUAAGGUGUUCGAUUUCAACUCAGAUUGUGCUUUAUGAUAAAUGUGUAAAAUGCACAUGUGUGGGUUUUUGGGUUUGAGAAACAAAGAUCUUAAUCUUUUUGCGGCUUUAUGCCGUUUUCACAUAACGGGUCAUAACAUUUUUAUAUCUUCUAAUAUGCAAAUACAGUUACGAAGCACAAUGGCUCCAAGAGGUACUACACUAAUAGUUUCUGAUUAAGUUUAUUGCCUUUUAUAAAAGCUUGAUCUGAGCACCACACGUUUUCUCAUUUAAUUUUCACAGCAUAUUGUUGUUGCAUGUUAAAUACUUGCUGUGCUACUUAUGACAUAACCAUAGCAUCCAGGAAGCUUGUGACUUGAAAUAUCAUCCAAAUUACCUGAAUGCAUUUAAUGAGAAAUGUCAUCGAAUUUCAGAACAUUCUAAACCAGCGUUCCUAUUCUACUGUUGGAAAAGAAAUGUGUUUCCAUGACAACAGAUUAGUGGAAUUUAAGCAAUUUGUAUAUGUGCUAAAAGAUGGCUUUAGAGAACUAGUUUAAUAAAUGACAUAAUUUCUUUGUACUUGUUAUAUUUUUAGGUGGACCUGGAUAUUAUGGCCAUGAAAGUCACAAGCAAGAUGGAAAUGGGACCACUAUUUCAGAUGGUCAGUUUGAGAUGAGAGGACACAAGGUAAGCUACAAAGCGCCUGCGGCUCCGUAUUGAACACCUCCUGCAUGAAGGGACACUUCGGACUGGAAUUUACCCCUUUCACUAAUCCAAAACCGAGAAAGUGUUCCAAUGCAAAAAUACUUGCCUAUACAUUUCCUUCGUUUCCUGCAAAUCCAAUGCUUGUAGUGACAUUUGCAAAGAAUGGCACGUGACUGGUUUUACAGCCAGUCAUAGUCCUCACAUUGGCUUCAGAGGGCCACUCCACACACAUAAAACACUUCUGCUUGUGUCUCAAGUUUGUUACAUUUGUGUCAGUUUAUAAAAGUGCUGAUUUUCAUAGAAAUCAGCACUUUUAUAACUGCAGGCAGAAGCACUGCCAUAUUGUGCUUGCUCCAUGGAGGGUGCAGCUGUCUUCCCCCUCCCCUUCUCAAUGACCUGUAUUACAGCUUAUUGGGAAGCAUUUGAACACCAUGAUUGUUCAUGGCUCCAGCACAGAGGUUUCUGAAUGAGAAGCCCCUUGCAAAGGCUGCAGUUCUUAUAUAUUUUCUCCUUCAUGGAUUAAUUGAAUAAGAAGCAUUUACAACUGUUCUUGCAAAUGGGAAAGAUGCACUUUACAGAAAAAGCAGGGAUUCUGGGAAGUAUAGUAGUAAAUGCACAUUAUAUACCAUAUUUCUGUUAUUGGUUAAACUCCUUGGUGUACCAUAUUCAGUCACAAUUUUGAACUCAAAUGGAACUAUAUUUUUACUUUUUACAGGGUUAUUCAUUAGGGUUAGACUUCAAAGUGAAUUUCAAAUUCAUACUUUAGUUAAUAGUUGUUAGCUCAUUUUGAAUUUGUGUUUUCAACAAGUCAGAGCCAAAAAUAACAAACUGACCUAAAAUGUUUUGAAAGUAGGCAUCUUAUACAGACAUAACUUUUUAACCAUUUAAUUUCACUUGUCUACAUUGUUUCACACAGUUAUUUCCCAUUUGAUUAGGAAGUGGCGGUAGGGGGAAUUAAAACCGUUCCUCUGAGCUAUUGGGAUUGCUGAAAUUGCAGUUUUAUUUUAUAAAAAAAAAAAAAUGUGCUCAAUUUAAAGUUGUAAUUUAUAUUUGACCUUUCUUUUAUUAGAGAAAACAAAAAAAGGAACCUGUUUACACACACUAUUGUGACACUUGUGACCGUGGCUUUAAGAACGUGGAGAAAUAUAAUGAACACAUUUCACAGCAUGUUAAGGUAAGGCAGAGCAUGAUGUGCUGUGUGCUAGUUUAGUGUCUAACAAAUCUUGACAUUUAACAUUUAUUCAAUAUUAAGUUGUUUUUUUCCACAUUUUUCUAUUUAUAAUUUACGCGUAAUCUGAUUAGAUAUACUGCUACUUUUUUUUUUUUUUUUUUUCUCUUCUUACUGUAAUACUAGCCACACUUGAUUUUUUUUUCAUGUGUCUUAUUUUGUAGUCCUGUGAUCAGGUUAAUUAUAAGUCUGUCAUAACUCUUCUCAUUAAGGGCCUAUUUGAAUGAUCUCUUUUUAGAAAAUAAUUUUUGCUCUCAAGAAUUAGGGAUUAUUCUAGCCCUAGUGACUGAAUAAUCUAAAUUUUAUUAACGACAGGAGGCGAAUAUUUGCUUAUCUUUCUUUACUGAACCUCCCAGCAGCAAAGAAAUAGUUAACAUUAGUGUAAAAACAAUUCAACCAAUCAGAGUGUAUAACAGUAUUAUAUGAUGUCAUCAAACUCCUCCCAAGUCCUCUUUCUUGCUGUAGCCGACGAUAUCCGAGUAUCAACCAUGUAAACUAUAACUAUGAACCGUGACCAAUCCAAGGUCCUGAUGUAGUCAGCCAUGUAAACUUUCAACGGGAUUGAUGAAUCCAUAUAUCACAAGCGUUGGGAUUCUUCACACUAAAGGGAAGUAGAGAAAAAAACCAUGAGAGUAUAGGUUCUCAUACUAGUUGAAUGCAAGUUUAUGGCAUGCAUACUAGGGACAGCAAUUUCAAUAGAUUUCAUGUAAAAUGAUGUUGAGUAUGUCAAACUCUUGGUGUUGUGGUGUAAACCUAUGACAGAUGAUGUGUGAAUGUGUUUGAAACAGAUCGACUAGAAUUUUUUCUUUUUUUUCUUUAGAAACUUACCUUAGGGCGGGUACAAAUGAUAAUGAAAAACAAAGAAGGGAGGGAAAAUAUUUGCCUCCUGUCGUUAAUAAAAUUUAGAUUAUUCAGUCACUAGGGCUAGAAUAAUCCCUAAUUUUAUGGCAAGACAGGAGGCUUCAUAUUUGCUGUUUUAACGCUCUUAUAUGAUAGAAGAUGCAGCAUGUGGCAUAGGUUUGAUAUAGAAUGUACGAAAGGUGGAUUCACUGGUCCAAUCUGCAGAUGACAAUGUCUGAGAGGGAACUACCCGCACGAAAGGCUGAGGAUGCAGCUGCUCCUCUGACUGAAUGCGUUCCAAAAGAGGAGUCAAUACCUGCUUGGGCUAGUAUCCAUCUGAUCCGCGCGACGGUGGGAGCAGACACCGGUUUGUGUGGUCUGACAUAGGAAACGAGAAGGGGUCCUGUAGGGGAACGCAGAGUGGUUGUGGCAUCUAUAUAGUGCCUUACACAGAGCGCCACGCAAAGCGACUGUCUAUUCGGAAAGUAAGGGUAGAAUACAGAGGAGGAAUUAGUCUUUGUUCACCUGGUGAUGUGAAAUUUAACGCCCUCAGGCGAAAAAAUUACAGCGUGGAAAUCAAAUGCUCGAAUGUCGGAGACCCUACGGAAGGAUACCAGACAUAGGAGUAAGGCCAGUUUGGCAGAGAGUUGACGUAACGUCAAAUUCUCAUUAGAGGGCCAGGAGUCUAAAAGGGAAAAAAUCUGAGUGACGUCCCAGAAAUUGGAAUAUCUUGGAAGAGGGGGUCUGGCUAGCCUGAUCCCUCGUAAAAGUCUACAAACUUAAGGGUGUUUUCCUAUUGAUGCAUUGUCAAUAGGGUUGUGGGCCGCAGAAAUAGCAGAUCUAAAAACAAUAAUUGAUCUAUAGGACUUGCCUUGAUCAAAGAGAGUAGAUAGAAAAUUUAGGAUGAUCGUCAGAGAUGCUGAAAAGGGAUCGGUAUCCCUUACCAAACACCAGCUGACCCAUGUCCGCCAUGCAGCGAGGUAAGCUCUUCUUUUGUCUGGGGCCCAGGAGUCCCAUAGGAGGGCCUGAGCUGUCUCCGAAAGUCCUGAGACAUUCUAGGAGAAGCUAGAGCUGCCCUUGAAGGGCGAGUGGGUGACAGCGCCCUGCUGGAUUUUUGAGGAUGUCGGGGGAUUGAGGUAGUAGAAUUGGACAAUUUACAGACAGUUCAAGCAGGGUUGGAAACCAAGUCUGGGCUCUCCAUAGCUGAGUGACAAUAACUAUCGUCACUACUAGGGCUUUGACCCGGUAAAAGGUGCGCUGGAUCAUGGAGAAAGGCGGUAACGCAUAAGCUCCUGUCUCCGGCCAAGGGUGUAGGGAGGCAUCGACUGCUCAGGACUGGGGAUCUGGGAGCCAGCUGAAAAAGGCCUUCGUCUGGUGAUUCAGCCGAGACGCGAUCAGGUCCAGUGUGAGGGGCCCGCGAAGACAAUGAAUUUGAUAGAACAAGCGGUCGCUUACGUCCCUCCAAUGACGAGAGAACCAAUCUGCGACUAGGUUGUCCAUGCCCGGAAGAUAUUCCGCUCUGAUGGAUAAAUUCCACUCUAGGCAGAAUUGGUAGAGUUCCUUGGUAAGGUCGGACAGUAAUUUGGAUCGGGAACCUCCUAACCAAUUCACAUAACGCACUGCAGAGACGUUGUCCAUGCGCAGUACUAGUGAACAAUUGAAACAAUCUUUUGCGAAACUGCGAAUCGCAAAAGAUCCUGCAAUCAAUUCUAGUCAAUUGAUGUGCAGUGCUUGUUCGGAGAGGGACCAUAGUCCCCCGGUGGACCUUUCGGCGCACAUAGCGCCCCACCCCAAGAGACUGGCAUCGAAGUCUGGUUGUGAUCCGAAAAUGGCUUUGCCAUUCCAGGUUUCCAUGUCGUGAAGCCACCAAUGAAGUUCUAUACAGACUUCGUCUGUUAGGUAGAUCAGUUGGUCGUAGAAGGUGGACCGGUUUAGAUAGUAAGUCUUGAGCCGUUGCAUGGUUCUGUAAUCUAGGGGUCCUGGAUAAAUGGCUCGGAUAGAGGCAGACAGGCCUAUGGUAUGAGCCAGAUCGCAUAGGCGAAUCUGGUGGGUUGAUAGCAAUUUGCAAAUGUCUUUCUUUAUAGCCUUGACCUUUGUAGAAGGUAGUUGUAAAAUCGCCUGUAUGGAGUCUUUUAGGAAUCCGCGAAACUGAACUUUCUGAGAAGGUUCCAGGUCCGAUUUUUGAAAGUUGAUUACAAAACUUAGGUUUUGUAAUAAGGCCGUCGUCAUGUCCGUGUGUUGACGUAAAAGGUCUGGAUCUUGAGCCAUUAUCAGGAUGUCGUCCAAAUAUACAAUGGAACAAAUCCCCUGUGAUCGGAGUAGCGCCAUUACUGGUUUCAUCAGCUUUGUGAAUCACCAUGGUGCGGAAAAAAGACUGAACGGGAGGCAUGUGAACUGCCAAAUUUCCUCUUGCCAGAGGAAUUGAAGAAAAGCCCGAUGGUUGCGGAUCUGGAUAACCAGUCUCCCAUGCAAAGGAGGUCCCUGAGGAGAUGGAUGCCCUCCAUUUUGAAAUGAUGAUAUCUGACAUAGUGAUUAAGGUCUUUCAAAUUGAUUAUUGGACGCACGUCUCCAGAUUUUUUGUGGACCAGAAAAAUAUUGCUUAGAAAGGUAUGUGGGAAGGGUGAUCUUUCUAUCGCCCCUUUUUCCACCAGUUUGUUCAAUUCUGUGUGUAAUGCCAGGUUGUCUGUUGCAGACAUCUGAAAUGGUGUAGGUGGUGUGUCCUGGAAGGGAGUGGAAAGGAAAUCUAUUUUGAACCACUUGACUGUGUGUAGGAUCCAUAGAUCCUGUGAAAGCAGUUCCCACUGUUGGAAAAAAUGGGUUAGUCGACCUGCUAUAGGUACAUUGAAAAAAGGAAGGUUUAUUACCUGGAGCAGUGCGUCCGCGUAAGGAGGCAGAUCCACGUCCCGAAUGGAUCCUCUAUUGGUGAAUAACUGCCUGUGGUAGGGUCGACGGGGUCCCGAGUUCCAGUAGUUUUCUGAGGGACGAGGCCUGUAGCCUGUGAAGGCAGCUCUGCUGUUCAUUCGGCCUCUAUAAUGUCCAGCUCUCCCAGAAAAACGACCUGACUGGGAUCGAAAUACCCUGCAUAGGAAGGAUUGGGCCUUGUUUAAGGUAAUAAAUACCGCUGCACGCUUGGACAGAUCUCUCAUGAAAGAGUCCCCAAAUAACAAGCCAUUGGCUUCUGGUCCCAGUUCUCGGGAGCUUAAGUCUGCUAAUUUAGCAUUGAGUCUAUAUAGUGCCGCCCUACGUCUCUCAGUGGAUAUAGCCACAUUUGCAUUGCCCAGGAAACAUGGGGCUCUUUGGGCCCAUUCUCGGACUGUGUGAGGGUCAAACUCCCCACUAGUUAUAGCUUUGUCAGCUAGUAUGAAAAUUAUAUCCAGGAGCUUGUCCUGGGCUGUCUUAAGACCUUGCUCAAUACCUUUGCGAGGGUCUUUCCCUGUUUUAGUGAGGAGGGUCACAAAUAGCGGGUCAAACUCUGGCGUGAGAGCCACUUUACUUGGUAUAGUUGGCCGAGGGCAUUCGGCUCUGAGUUUAGCCCUUAUUUCUUUUUCAAGGGGCUUACUCAGCCACAUCUUGCAAAAAUUAGAGAUGUGGUCAGGUGGGGCCCAUUCGGCCGAACGUGGAUGUCUAAUGACCCUAGGGUCGAAAAAAGGGACACGGAGGCAUCCAGAAGGGUGUCUGAGUUGGGUCCCUUGGGCAUAGAGAUGUUUGCAUCUGUGUCCUUUUGGUAAUGAAUGUCUCCUUGACAAAUUCUGAUGGGGUAUCCCCUAGCGCAUUCGCCGAGGGGUCCUCAUUAGAAUAGCCAAGGUAGUAAUCCUCAACCCCAUCGCCCAUUUGAGAAGUGGAACCCUCCAAGGGGUCGAAUAUAGUUUGGGCGGGGCGAGUGACAGUUAAUUUUUGGGACUUGGCAGGAGCCUUGCCCUUGCCCGCAGACACACUAUUCCCUUUCCAAGGACGUGUGACCUCCUGAUCCAAGGGCUGAGAGUCCUCUGAGUCAGAGAGUAAAUGUGCGGUGGGAUUGCCUUCGCCAGGAGUCUUUUCAUGGAAGGCUGCUAACGCCUUGGGGAUGGAUUCAGAAAUGGUUGAAACCAGCCAAGCUUUAAGUUCUUGAGAGAUUGCGGGCUCAGUAUUGUCAGACAUUUUAAUUAGCACUGUAUUAGUGAUUCUGACAAAUAGUCGUAAGACAAGAAUGUUAAAUGGGGUUCACCCAAUUGUGCUUAGUAAAAUUUCUAAGUAGGAGGUCACCCAAAUAAGCGUAGUUUGAUAUAUAAGGGCGGCACACAAUAUAUAGUGGGGUAGACCACUAAAUUAUAUAAGUGGAUUGUACCACUGUAACAAUAAGAACUGGGGUUCACCACUCAGUAGUCAGACUUUUAAGAGUAUGUCUGUAAAAUAUUUAAUAAAGUGUGGGGUCACUUUAAAUAAUAUAUUAUUUGCAAAGGUGAGGGUCACUCACUUGUAGUAAUGGUGUUGAGACACCUGUCAUAAAUUGAUUAGAAAGUGAAUAAAAGGUGGGGGUCACCCACAACAACAUUCAAUGAAUCAAGUGACAAAGAAAAAUGUGGGGGUCACCCACAAGGCUGUCCUUUAUUUAAUAAUGAUAAGAUACAGCAGGUAUUUUCCUGUCAAGAAAAACAAAUAGGUACAAAGAAUAAUUUGGAAAAAGGUGGUAGCCCUUUAAGGGUGCUAUGAGCAACAAGUAAAUAAGAUACUUACCGGAUCCAACGUGAGGUGAAGCGAUCGCACAUAAAUAACAAGGUAAACCGCGGUUUAAGAUGGCCGCCACCAGCAAAAGGGCGGGAGGAAGUGCGUCAGGUAAUUGCAGGCGCGAGAAGGCGGGAUCUGAGAAAGGGCGCGAAAUUGAGCCGCGGACUCCUGGGAAUCAGAAUCGAGAGGAAACCGCGGCCACAAAUGUAAUAAAAUCGCAGAGGCAAACCCCGACGAUUUUUAAAGGGGAACAAUGGAGAUAAAGUUUAAAAACUGUUCAGAGACGUAAAUAAACCAACAUGUUAGGUAUAAUUAUAUGUAGUAAGGGUAUUGUGUACUGAUAAUAAAUUGUGUGAGAAACGAGUGAAAAUGAAUGUUUGAUAAACAAAACAUUACCACAGAAAAUUAUUUGAAAAUGAUAAUAGAGAUAUGGGUGCUAUAAAAUUUAACAAAUUAAUGAGAAAAUUAGUUGAAAUAUUGCAUUAAAGGCAAAAACCAUAAGGCAAUAUAAUUGGAGCAGACUCACCUGGGAGGCAAGCAGCAAAGAAAGAGGACUUGGGAGGAGUUUGAUGACAUCAUAUAAUACUGUUAUACACUCUGAUUGGUUGAAUUGUUUUUACACUAUUGUUAACUAUUUCUUUGCUGCUGGGAGGUUCAGUAAAGAAAGAUAAGCAAAUAUGAAGCCUCCUGUCUUGCCAUAAAAUUCUUCAAUUACAGACUAAAGCUUUAAAAUAAACAGCACUUCUACUCUCAUUCCCCAAUACAUCAGUGUAUUGAAAGUAAAUAUUCAAGUAGUUGUAGUCCCAGCCAUGUCAGCCUGUAUUUUAUAUACUCUUCCCUGAUGGCCUGGACAGAGACCUCCUUUUGGGAUUAAUCCGUAGUUCCUAACAUCUGAAUCAGAAUCCAAAUUGUGUCCCAUUGCUACAUUAGUGAGUCAACAAUGGCACAUUAGAUUUGUCAGGCCCCACACAGCUCAUUGCAGUAGAUAGUUUGCUGUAUGACAAUGCCUACACUAGUGUAAUACAUCCUCAUAUACAUGACUUGGUUUUGGAUCUGUGAGUUAGUCUUCCAAUUGAUCCAUCAUAACUUGUGCUCAUGUAGUGUCCAAAUUUAAUCUCAAUGGUGGUAAAAAAAAAAAGCUUAUAAGCAAAGGGAAAAUGUUCCAAUCCCUGGCAUUAGAUUUUAUUAAUUUUAUCUUUGUUAGACAGUUGUACCAAUGCUUGUUUCAUGUCUGUCUGAUGGGCAAUGCUAAUUUUGCUGUAUUUACAGUGUGAAGUAGAUGGCUGCAGGUUCAAUGCCCAUGAGAAAUUGGUCCAGAUCCACUGGAAAAAUGUAAGUUGACAAUUUUUUUUUUUUUUUUUCAUGUUCACACAAAUUACAUUUUUCUGAAUUGUCUAUUAUUACUAAUUUAACAUAGUAGUCAUUCCAUGGUGCCCACACUUUUUUAAAAUGAAGAGAUGGUAUUAUGGACUAUUGCUGUUAGGUGGACCACAAGGUGGUUUUCCUGUAUUUUGGUCUUUAUCUCGCCAAUCGAUAGACCUGAGCUUCCCAACCAAGCUGCGGCAAGUGUUAUCCUCACAGCUACUUUGUUAAAAAGCUUCUGUUCUUCUCAAAAAAAACCUCAAAGGGGUGAAACAAGAGGAACAGCCAAUGUUCAAAACUAAAUGUCCUCUGAAAGAUUGCUCCCAAUAACUCUCAUACCGCUUUCCGAAAGGGGACCACCGCCAGGCAUGUCCAAGACAUACGGUAGUAAGAUCCCUUCUGACCACACAUCUGCUAAGAAACAUCUGUACCCUUUCGACCCAAAAUAUACAGUUGCACGGAGUCGUGUGCCAUGGACAUAGGAUUUUGUUCCUGGGAUACACAUGCUGAAUCCCCCUUAGCAGCCUCCCAAGAAUCCCCUUCCAAUACCUCCCCUAUAUCCUGUUCCCAUUGGGUCAUGUAACACAGAGUACCCCAAGUUGUGGAUUUGGAACAAAUGUAGUCAUCAAUUAGUGAAAUGAGACCCUUCUGAUAGGAACCCUGUAGACAGAUGGUUUCAUAAAACACAAAUUGAGUUUCGGCAGCUUUUCUAACGGUAUAUUUUUGCGCUAAAUCUCUUAUUUGAAUACAUCUGAAAUGGUUUUUACUAUUCAGGGGAAAUGUGGCCUGUAAAUCCUGAAAGGAGACCACAGAGGAUUCUCUCCAUAGAUGAAUGUUUCACUAAAUUCACAAGAGUCCUUCAGUUCUGCUAGUGCAAUACAUAUGAUAAUUGGAUUCUUUCAUUUAAGAGUGCGUUUUUAUUUGUGGCCAUGUCAGGGAACUUUAAUAAAAUUCAUAGCAUUUACAUUUUCUUAUUUUUAACCUUUUUUCUUUUCUUUGUUUCUCAAAGAUGCAUGGUCCUGGAGCAAAGAAAAUAAAACUUGAUACACCUGAUGAAAUUUCGAAAUGGAGAGAAGAAAGAAGAAAGUAAUUUCCUGAUACCAUAAACAUACCAUAUUUAUACAAUAUCUAUAUCUUGUGCUGUGGGUUUGCAAUCUAAUUAUGAAUAGAACUAUUUAGGAAGCACAUAAUUUGAUUAAAGGUUUAUUGUUUAAUUAUAAUUAUUUCUAGUCUUGCUCACAGCUAUUGCAAAGAUAGAACUAUUGCACAUCCUACAUGAUCUCAGUUUCGCUUUAUUAAUCUAUACUCCAUUAACUAAAUAAUGUCUGUCUAAAGAAACACCCCAUGCUAGAUUUUCUUUGUUUUUGUUUUUUUUAAUGAGAUAUAUAUAUAUAUGUGUGUGUGUGUGUGUGUGUGUGUGUGUGUGUGUGUUUUAAUGAUAAUUAUAAAAGAUCAAUUAAUAUUAAAACUUGGAGCUCUCACACUCUCUCGACUAAUUAAUUAUUUUUGGGUUUGUAGAAACUUUCCAACUCAAGAAAACAUUGCGAGGAAGAAGCAUCUGCAAAAACAGAAGGAAGAGAGAGGAGACGUUUUAAAAACACAGCAGUUUGGGUUUGUAUGAUACUUUUUAUUAUUCUUUUACUUAAAGGACCACUAUAGGCACCCAGACUACUUCAGCUUAAUGAAGUGGUCUGGGUGCCAGGUCCAUCUAGGGUUAACCCUGCAGGUGUAAACAUAGCAAUUUCAGAUAAACUGCUAUGUUUACAUUAGGGUUAAUCCUGUCUCAUUGACUGCCGCUAGAGGCGCUUCUGCGCUUCUCACUGUGAAAAUCACAGUGAGAAGAUGCUGCCGUCCAUAGGAAAGCAUUGAGAAAUGCUUUCCUAUGGACUGAUUGAAUGCGCGCGCGGAUCUUGCUGUGCAUGCGCAUUCGGCGGAUGACGUCGGAAGAGGGAGGAGAGUCCCCAGUGCCAAGGGAGCCUGGCGCUGGAGAACGGUAAGACUUUAACCCCUUCCUCCCCUUUCAGCCCAGCGGGAGAGGGACCCUGAGGGUGGGGGGGACCUGAGGACCCUAUAGAGCCAGUAAAACGAGUUUGUUUUCCUGGCACUAUAAUUUAAACUUUUUUUUUUUUUUUUUUAGUUAUACAAUAUGGUUUGAGAGACUUCAGGUAAAUAGUUCAUUAAAAAUAAAUAGUUUACUCUGCAUUUGUAAUUUAGGGUAUGACUGAUAUUUCUCCCAAUAUGUUUUGUUGGUUUAUGGUUAGAUUUGGUUAGUUCUAUAUACAGUUGGGCUUUGCAUAGUUUCACAUAUUUUAAAUUAUAGACAGACUCUUACAUAAUUUUAAAUCUGCUGUAAAUAACAUAGCAUAGGCAGUUUCCAUCAUGAUACAUGUAAGUAAAUGCUAACUGGGGACUAUAUGUCCUUGUCAUUGGUGGCUAUGGCCAGUGCUAGAUGAUUUCAUCUAGUUGACCCCCAUGCAAGAUCUCAAGCACAGCACUUGCAGUGUAUUUGGGAAACCUAUAUAUGGUAAUGGAUAAUCAUUUGGAAUAAGGAUGGAGUAACUUUUUUUAUUUUCAAAUAUGUUUUUUAAGAAUGUUUAUUACAAUUUAAAGACAAAUUUCUGUGAAUUUUCGAAAAAGAGGAACUUCGUGGGAAGUCUCUCUUUACUAAAAAAUAUAACUACGGAAUUUACUUAAAUGACUACAGAAUUAACUAUAAUUGUGCAAUCCUCACAAGUUAUUUCCUUAUAAAUAAGUGUCAGAAUUGCACCCAGUAAUGUUUUUAUCAGUAAAAUGAAAAUAUAUCUAUCUCCUAAAUACAAAGGGCAAUACUGCUCACAUGAAUGACAUAACGUUUGCCAGAUGAUUCUUCAGGAUCCUUGUCUUAAUGUAGCCAUUAUGUUUAAGUGUAUUUUGUGUGCAGUGUAGUUUAGUUCAUGCCCUGGUAUAAACAGUUCUGUAUUUACUAUAUGUAUUUGGUAAUUUGAUAUCGAAUGGUUUUGUUAAAAGUGCUGCUUCUCUCUUUGUAUAGCUUGCUGUAUUAUUCUUUUCUUCUCUCCCCUAGUAAGAUGAAAGGGAUGUGGAAGGGCCCAGCAGGCGGUUGCAAUGAUGGACAGCAACGGAAACAUAAUAAAAAGCAAAGAAACUUUAGGAAAAAGUUCAAGAGAAAUGAAUCAGCCACACAGCACAUUGAAUCUGCUAACACAAAGCCAAAUAAAAUCAAUGUGCACAAAGAAAGGCAAAACAAGCCAGCUAAUGAGCAGUUUGUGGACCCUCUCAACAUGCUGGCUGGCAGUGACCCUGGUAAGAUCUAAGCUUGAUAUUUUAUUUGAUUUUUUUUUUUUUUUAAACUUUUUGACUCUUUUUAUAAGAGUCAUACAAUGCACAUUAGUUAAGCAUUUCACAAAUGGAAUUCAAGAACAUGCAGUAGGUAUUUCUAGAUAUUUUGAAACUGAUAACGUACCAGUAAUUCUUGUGUUGAUUAUGUAUCAGAUUGGCUCAAUAACAAAAUAACAUAUAAUAUAAAGAACUAAAAUAAAAGCGGAAUUAAAAGAAUGUAUUUACAAAUAACCAGGUGAGUAGUGACACCAUUUAGCUUGAUUUUAUCCUGUGAGAUUAUUCAGCUUGCAUAAAAUGGCUAGCUCUUCCAUUGGCCACUUUGAAUCUUUGGCAGUGACAGGUAAUAAGCGGAACAAUUAUGGAAGCAAAUUUAGAAUCUCUUAUAAUUCCCAGCAAAAAAAAAAACCUUAAUGUUAAAACUUGCAUAAUUUAUGUUCAGCUGUGCAAAAUCAGGAAGAAUAUAUCUUCUUUUAGAGAUGCCAAUUGGCUUUUAACUGGUGUCAGUCUCUUCUUAUGGUUAUACUAGAUGUUGAAAGAAAGGGAAAAAAAAAAGGUUAAAGUAUUGAUAAAACUUGGUUGCCUACAGACUGAGCAGCUCUGUAUUAUUUUGCCUGAUGUAUUUCUGUAUUUUUUUAUUUUUUUUCCCCUAAGUAGAAUCAGACAAAGAAGAAAAGACCGUGAAUACAGGAUUGUGUGUAAUCCCAAAUCAGGUAACCACAGGCCUCAGCAGACUAAUAGCCAGCUAUGGAAGUUCAUCAGACAGUGACGACGACAAGCCUGAAGGUGAGCUCUUGUCUUAUGCUAAAGGUUUUUGGUUUUUGUUUUCUUUUAACAUCCACUGUCUAGGUUUCUGCAUUAAAUGAAGUGUUGUAGUCUUAUUUUGGAUUGGUUUUGUGCAUUAAAUAUGUAUGUGACAUUCCAAAAGUGCUAGCAUGUGCAGUGGUCUGUGUAUUCCAUGCUUGUAGUCUUUACUGCUAUGCUAUUAUCAUAGUCACAAAAGCAAAGGUCACAAUAACAGUUCACAUCUAUGCAAUAUUUCUGCUAGCUCUUUCUACACGUCUUUUCCUUCCUCUUAAAAAGUGACCAUAUUUUGCUUGACUUAUGCACUUUAUAAUUUAAAAAGUAUAUUAUGAUAUAUAUUUAGGAAUAAGUAUAAACUUAUUGACUUCUGAGAUCUCUACUGGGAACGUGUGUCACUUUUUAAAUGCUAUUGCUGAACAAGGAUCAAUGCAGGUGUCCUUAGUGGACACGUUCAGUCUGUAAUCAAAUGCUAAGAAAUAGGUGAUAGUCUGCGUACUCUAACACUAAUACUCUAAAAAGUCCUAAAAACAGAUAAUGUUCCAUUUGCUCAUUUAAUUUCUGCAAAAAGAAAUAAGUGCAUAAACAUUAAAAAUUGAUUUCUAAUGUUUUUGCACUUAAUUUAUUUUUGCAAAAAUUAAGCAACAAAUGAUCACUUGAUGCAAAAAACGUUGACUUUGAUUAAAAAUCAAGUCAGUUAAAUUUCUUUGAUGUGGUAUAAAUCCCCAAGGCUCGAUGCUUCUUGAUUAGUUCUACCAAGAAGUGAGUCGCCUAAUAAUGGUGCUAUGGUAAUUUAUUCUAUAAAUCAUGUGGUUUCUGAAUUGUAUUUUUAUUCUUGGCUUUUUAUAUUGGAAAGCUAACAGCUGAACUUAGAGCUCCAAGAAACGUCUGUUUUACUGCUUUCGAUAAUACAAUAAGUGAUGGCAUCAUAUAUAGCACAACAAGCUGUAACCUAACCUACACAUUGAAACUCAAAUCUGGGUGCUUAAAGUGCCCAUUAAUAUGUGAAAAAUUGAGUAGUGCAUUAUUUAAUAACGUAUUAGAGUGUGAAAAUACAGACUUUUUUUUUUUUAUCUUCUAUCUUCAUACUGCUUUGCUAAUCUUGCUUGUUCGUCUAAUGUAAUCUACAAACCUCCAGACUCCCUCUGCUGGAAAAGUGUGUUCAUGUGUAGGUUGAGAGUUCUGUUUCAUCCAACAUCUUUCCCUGUCGAUAUGUCUGUUUACAUCAACAAUGCUACAGUGAUUUAACAGUCUUACAGGUUUUUUAUUUUAUUUUUUAUUAUUCCAGAAUUCCAAAUAAAGACCGUGGCAAAGGCUUUAGAAGAGAACAAAAUUAUACUUCAGAAAAAUGUCCAAAGUGAAAACACAAUAAAAUUCCCAAAUACACAGAAUGCAGAUUCACAAAACCGCUCACUACAGAACAAAGGGCCUCAGAGUAAAUUUGUACCGCAGAGCAGGGAACAUGGAAAACAGGGAAAGAAGCCCCACAAUGCUCCGAUCAAACAUCGACCUACUCUUCUGGAAAUGGUAAUUAUAUCUUAUACUUCUAAUAUUCACACCUCUCAAGUGUCACUAUUUUGGACCCAAAUCUCUGUGUCUCUUUUUCUGCCAUACUGUCCAGCUUUUCUAUGAGCUCUAUAUUAUUAGUGUGUCUGAGUGUAUAACAGAGCUCCACAGCAAUAAUACUCACAGUAGUGUCUUUUUAUAAAUAUAGGCUCUUUAUGAAAAACUCAAUACGCAUUUCACUGAAACUCCAACCCAGUCUAGAACUCAGUAUUUCUCCUAAAGAAUACAGAAAGUAUUUGUCUUAACCAAUUUGGACCAAUUAUAAAUAUGUGUUUGGUGCAGUGUCUCUCUUUAAUUAUAAAAAUAAGAUGUAUGUUUUAAAGUACCAUUUGCCAUGAAACAGUUUUCAUAUAUUAAACAUUCAAAUUUUUACUAUUUAAAUGGUAUUAAUGUUUAUUUCCCUCCUUUUUAGUUAUUGUCUCAUGACAUACGCCAUGAAAGGAAUGUGAUUCUGCAGUGUGUACGGUAUAUACUCCAAAAUGACUUCUUUGAUGCCCCGCUGGACAUUAAAGCACAUGAAAGCACCACCAAUGGUAUAAGUAAUGGUUUUGUUCCAGAAGGUGGAAGUGUUAAUGCAGAUAAUAGGCUUGAAAUGCAUGGUGCACAGCAGAGUGUUUCAGGUAAUGGAUUGCGUAAAGAGGAGGAUAAUGAGGAUGAAGUCUUUAAUCAUGCCAGCCAGCAAUCAACUAUCGUGGAUGAUGAAAUUUGGGAAACCCCAGCCAGCUAUAUAGACACAGCCGAAGUAUAAAAAUUAUGUACACUUAAAUGGACAGUGAUUUAAGGACCCUGCUUUCUCUAUUGUAAUACACAUAUAUAGUUCUCCAGAACGGAGGAUAGAAUUUAUAGCAAGCAUCUUUUGUAUGCUGAAUAACUUUUGCUGUCAGUCUUUUGUGAGAAACACAAAUGGGACAUUUUUUUUUUUUUCUUUCAUUUACACACAGAAUACUGUACAUUUUCAGCCAUUAUUAAUAAAGUAACCAUUUUGUGUGCUAAAUGUUUUAGUGUAAAUGCAUUGUUGCUUGAUUUCAUCAGUAAAUGGCCACUGCCUUGCUUGGCGCAGGAGCGCUAACAAUUUCCUACAUGUGAACUUCCCGAUGAUCUGCAUUAGUAGUGAAGGCAGGGAGCAGUGGCCAGACGAUCAUUUAAAAACAGUUUGACUCCUUCCAUUGGGGGAGGACAAGGGCACUCCCUGCAGCUAACCACUACACUGAGCUGUUAUGGUGUAUGGAGUGUUCCUGUAAUAUUUCUCACUUUUUUUUUUUUCCAAUUCUGAAAUUAAAAUUAUUUUUAAAAAAACAAAAAAAAACUAAGCUAACUGAAAUUUCCAACUGAACAAAUAAUAUUUUUUUUUUGACCAUUUUUAUUUUUGACUUUGUUGUUUGAGCAGAAGUAGACAUGUAGCAAUACGGUACACAACAGUAGUUUAAAGUCAACAUCCGUAUAAGGAAC